AGUAGAGCGUCCAUCACUUCCAACAUAACAUUCCUCACACCCCGCCCUGUGAAGAUGGCUACCAAAUAUCGCGCUGCGUUGAUGCUCGGCCCGGGUAAGCAGUUGGAGGUGACAUCUAUUGAAGCUGCUCAGCCGGGACUCGGAGAGGUCCGCAUCAAGAAUUUUGCAGUCGCUCUCCAACCUCUGGACACGAAGAUGCUCAUUGCCGGUUACGGUACUGCCACGCAGUUCAAGUAUCCGGCUGUCCUCGGCACCAGUGGUGCAGGUACAAUCGACGCCUUGGGCCAAGAUGUUACUGGGCUCAAGGUGGGCGACAGAGUAGUUUUCGACACGAAGGCUUAUGUCCAGGUCGAUCAGAACCGCCGGAUGGGCACUUGGCAGCAACUGGUCAUCUGCGAUGCUAAAACUGUGGCAAAGAUUGGUGAUGUGGCUUUUGAACAAGCUGUCUUGGUAGACUUUCCGUUGCAGACAGCAGUCGCAGCACUUCACGUCUUCCUCGGGAUGGGAAAGCUAAAUAGCGGCAAAGAAGACGGAAAGGUUCUGAUUUGGGGCGCUGGAGGAGCUGUUGGCUCAUAUGCAGUGCAAUAUGCGAAACAGGUUGGACAUGAGGUCGUCGUUACAGCCUCGCCCAGAGAUAUCGACCGUCAGAAGAGGCUUGGAGCAUCUGAGGUAGUCGAUUAUAAAGCGACUGAUGUCGUUGAACAACUUCGCACCCUCGGACCGUACAAGUACCUCUUCACAGCUAGCGGUGAUCAAGCCUCGCAGAAGGCGUUGGUAAGCUUACUCGCGCCGAAAGGGGGCAAAUUUGCCAGCGUGUUGCCAGCUGCUGUGGAGCUGCCUUCAAAUGUGGAGAUAAUUUACACGGCCUUCUCCCAAGCUGCGCAAAAGGAUGAAUAUAGUGACUGGAGAGACUGGUGGUAUCAAGACUACCUGCCCGAGGUGCUCGCAAAGGGUAGUCUGGAACCCUCGAAGUUCACCAAGGUCGAGGGCGGUCUCUCGGCCUUGCAGCAAGCAAGCCAAGAUGUCUUCGACGGAAAAUUUAGAGGCAAGGUUGUGGUUGAUCCCCAGGAGUGAGUUCAGCGGAGUUCGCUUCAUAAUUCCCAAGAAAGAAGUAUAGUAGGCAUGGAUUUUAGCUUACGUAUUCUUGAACGGUUAAUGAGACGAAAAGGACCCCCAGUUCUCUCACUAAAUCCAUGUAUUGCAACGUCAC